CAUUCGUCAUUACACCAAUUUAAUAUAUAUAUAUAUAUAUAUAUAUACACACACACACACACAUCAGAAACGCCAUUUGUUUGAUUCUUGUACCUUCUCCAAUCACACACCACUAUUCUUCUUCUCCUUCUUCCUUCUUGUUCCCCAUUUCAAUGUCUUAUGCAAAAGAACUUGCUGCUGCGAAGAAGGCCGUCUCUCUCGCUGCUCGUCUCAGCCAGAAAGUGCAGAAGUCUCUGUCUGAAACAGACAUUUGGACGAAAUCUGACAGCAGCCCGGUUACCGUUGCUGAUUAUGGCUCUCAGGCAAUCGUCAACCUUGUGCUGGAAAAGGAACUCCAUCCCGAACCGCUCUCAUUAGUGGCUGAGGAGGAUUCUGCUGAUCUGCGAAAGAUUGGUGCUGAGUCGGUUCUAGCACGUAUUACAGAACUCGUGAAAGAUACUCUCGCUACCGAUGAAUCAUGCGGUGCUUCUCCUUUGUCCUCAGACGACGUGCUUAGUGCCAUCGACCGUGGCAAAUCAGAAGGCGGUCCCAAGGGCCGCCAUUGGAUCUUGGAUCCUAUAGGUGGCACCAGAGGAUUUAUAAGAGGAGAGCAAUAUGCAGUGGGGUUGGCAUUGCUUGUGGAAGGCAAAGUGGUGCUUGGUGUCAUGGCCUGUCCAAGACUUCCUUUGGAAUCCACGGCCUUUAACAUACAGAAGUCCUCACCGGGCAAAGUCGGUUGUCUUUUCUUUGCCGCUAUCGGUUCAGGGACCUAUGCCCAAUCGCUCAACGGUUUGUCUCCUCCCGAAAAGGUGCAGGUAAGCAGUGUAGAUGAUCCCGAAAAAGCAACUUUCUUCGAGUCAUAUCACACACCAGUGCCCUUCCACAGCUCCAUUGCUAAGAAACUGGGGAUCAAGGCAUUUCCCAUCAGGGUCAACAGCCAAACAAAGUACGCAGCUUUGUCACGAGGGGACGGAGAGGUGUAUUUGAGGUUUACUCGGAAAGCAGAGUCGAUAUGGAACCAUGCUGCCGGCUCGGUUGUCGUUUCAGAAGCUGGAGGUAUAGUCAGUGAUGCAGAGGGGAACCCUCUCGACUUUUCGAAAGGGAAGUACCUCAGUUACAAAACCGGCAUCAUCGCCACCACGCAGAAGCUAAUGCCGAGGCUUUUGAAAGCCGUCAGAGAAUCUAUGGAAGAGGAGAAAUUUAAUAAUCUCUGAGAUUUUUUCUCGCUAACCAGUAUACAGUUUUCUGAGAUUUCUGGUUCCAUGAUUUUUCACGUGGACGAUAUCGAUAAUGUAUUUUCGAUCGAUCUAACUCCCCUCCAUCCUCGGAAUACGAUGAUGUCUCGGGCAUAAAGAUCUUCUGAAUGUGAUGUAGGUGUGCAUUCAGAUUUUAUCAUGAAGAAACUCAUUGAAGUAUCUGGCAAAGUCAGCUUCUUCAAAGAUGAUAAAUAUUAUUUAAAACAA